AACAAUACACAUGCUCUUCAGUCUCUCUCCCCCCCAGUCGGUACUCAUUUAUAUAUCCAGCCAACUGAUAGGAACUCACAUCUAUAAUUCUCCUUCUCUCUCUCUAUUAACCUCCGUUCACAUUUUCCGUUCAGUCUGAUUUCCGGCGAAAAUUAAUCACAUCCGUGUGACUGAUUCAAUCAAAGAGAUGGAGAAGCAUGAGGAUUGACAAUCGAAGGGAAUCAUGGAGGUCACUUGCUUGGAUUGUUUCUCCGAUGACUUUCUUUGUUGUGAGGAGGAUUCCAGUGGUGUGCUAUCAGUAGAACUGACGGAUUCUUCUUCGGAUAUCGAUUAUCCCGCUGGACUCGAGGAAUCAGUAGCCGAACUCAUUGAAGAAGAGAGGAAAUUCGUGCCUGGAGAAGACUACGUUGAGAGGUUUCAAUCUCGCUCUCUGGAUCAUGCAUCUUCUCGAGAAGAAUCCGUCGCUUGGAUUCUCAAGGUACACUCUUUCUACGGUUUCCUGCCUUUAACCGCCUAUCUCACCGUCAACUAUUUCGACCGAUUCCUCUACGCUCGUAACUUGCCGGAAAGAAAUGGGUGGCCGUUGCAACUCUUAUCUAUUGCUUGCUUGUCCCUUGCAGCAAAAAUGGAGGAACCACUUGUUCCUUCUCUCCUGGAUCUGCAGAUUGAAGGUACAAAAUAUAUAUUUGAACCAAGGACGAUUCAGAGGAUGGAAUUUCUUGUACUUGGUGUGUUGGAUUGGAGGCUAAGAUCCAUCACACCAUUCACCUUUCUCAGCUACUUUGCUUACAAACUGGAUCCUGCUGGAGCUUAUACUGGUUUUCUAAUCUCAAAGGCCACUCAAAUCAUCAUGUCUAAUAUCAAAGAGGUUAGUUUGCUCGAGUAUCGCCCGUCAUGCAUUGCUGCAGCAACGAUGCUAUCUGCAGCACAGUGCAUUCCAAACCUCUCUGUUGUCAGUCCAGACGAAGCUGAAUCCUGGUGCGAUGGACUGGUCAAAGAGAAAAUAAGUGGUUGUUAUCGGUUGAUUGAAGAAUGGUCAAGUAGUGUUGGUAAAAGAUCACCAGUAAGGAAUAUAAAUUAUCCCCCGAAAGUGUUGCCAAAGGUCCGAGUGAUGAGUCGGGCCUGGGUUGGAUCAGGUGAGUCAUCUUCGUCAUCUUCUUCGUUUUCCUCCAUUAAAAGGAGGAAAUUAAACAACAGCUUGUGGGUAGAUGAGGACAAAACGAACUCUGAUUCAGAGGAAAAAGAGUUAUAAAGAAAAGGUAUAAAAAAAAAGAAAUGAAAUGGUGUGGUGUACGUGGUAUGGUGGUGGUGGUCCCUGGCGCAUAUGGGAGGUGAGAUGGUUUUGAGGAAAGGAAAUUGACUUGUUGAUGAGAUUGAGAAGUGGUCGGUCAGUAUAUAUAUAAUUAUUAUGGUACGCAUGGGGGGUUAAUUAAAUCUCUUAUUUCAUAUAUAUUAAUUUCCUCCAAUUGUGAGUGGGCAUAGAGAUCCAUUCAUGGUUGGGUAUGCAGAUUCCCAAUGGAGGGGAAUCCGGUACAUUAUUAUUACAUAGAUAUAGAAUAUAUAUAUAUAUAUAUAUUAAUUGAAGCGUGAGUGAUGGAUGAUGAUAAGGAAGAGAGAAGACAUGGGGGAUUGGAGUAUUUUAUUUAUUGAAUUUGUGGGGCAGAGAGAAAAGGAGGAAGAUGAAGUAAUAACAUAUAUAGUGGUGAUGAACUGAAGAUGAUGAGAAACUGAAGAAUAAUUAAGAAUGGCUAGCUGAUGCUGCUCCUGUAAUAUAUAUAUGUCAUCAAUGCUGAGUGAUGAUGUGUGUGUAGUAGGCAAUACUUCGCACGUGUGACUGUGUGUUUUUUUUUGGCGGGAAUUUCCCUACUUUGUCCUAACUAAACUGGACUUUCUUGUUUUGUUUUGGUUUCACUCCACGCGGGUAAGGAAUCACGUGUGGGAUUUUUUUAAUUUUUAUUUAUUGUUAGGGUUUUUACCCAUGUAGUAGCUCUUUAAGAAAAGGGCUCAUAUUGGGCCUAACCAUACAAAGGUCUAUGGGGCCUUUAUGCGUGUCUGUAUUUGAUACAAAAUAAUCAUAAAAAUGUUUCUCAA